AUGACCCCAAACCCAACGGCUAAACCCAACCUUACCACCAACGACUCCGCCGUUCUCCAAGCUCUUUUCGACGCUGAAUCCUCCCCCUCCAACUCUAUCACCAUUAAUUCUUCUCUCCCCGCCUAUCCAGCCCACCUCAACAUCACCCCAGAACUCCUCCAGACCCUGCAAUCUCGCGAGGUCUCUAUAAUCCGUACCCUACAAUCCGAAACCACCUUGGACAUCUCAACCAUCCAACAAGCGAUUAAGGAUCUCGAUACCCUUAUCGCCCAACAUCCGACUUACCCAUCCGCAUACGUCAACCGCGCUCAAACUCUCCGUAUUCUAAUUGACAAGACCAAUACUACCACUGAGAGCAGCGGUCAAGACAAGGACGACGACAAGAUCUUUGCUCCCGAAAACACAGAGCCCGCAUCCACAUUACUAGCAGACCUAGGGAACGCCAUUACGCUAGCGACGCCUCGGUCGCCUGCUGAUCCGGUGUCGACGGUCCAGGCGCGCUUGUUGGCGGAUGCGCAUACGCAUCGCGGGUAUUUGCUACUUAAAGCGGCGAGAGUGAAGAAGGAGAGGAAGGAGGGAGAAAUCAUUGGUGGCCCGGAGCAGUUGCGUGCCGUGGAGCCGGAGCAGUUGGAGGAUAUGGCUAGUCGCGAUUUCUUCUUUGGGGGCAGGUAUGGAAAUAAGGUUGCACAGCAGUUGGCAGUGCAGACGAAUCCGUAUGCGAAGAUGUGUGGGGCGAUUGUGAAGGAGGCUUUGAGGAAGGAGGUUGUGGGUGAUGAUGUGGUGAAGAUUUGA